AUGUCGGACAAUGUGUCGUUGAUCGACGCGAUAAAGUUGGUGGCCAAGGCCACCCGAGAAGACACCAACAAGGUGUCGGAUAUGGUCAAAGGAGCUCUGCGUCCAGAGCAGAUAGAUGAUAUUCGCCUCAUGCUGUCAAGCGGCUACGACUUCGGUCGGUUCGGCGGCUACAGCCUCUGGCUGCUGCUCCUGCGCAGCGCGAUACCUCCUUGCACCGCC